CAUGAAAUACGAGAGGGAGAAGAGUAAAGUAGGAGAGGAGCCCGUAAGAGGAGAAACGAGGGAUGGCUGACCUGGAAGUGGGCAAAAUCGGGGGGAAAGGAAGCCACCGUUCUCAUCCAACGCUUGCUGAAGCUGGGAUGCAUCACCUGAGAUCAGCUCUGGUUCUCCUCGGGGACUACAGGUGUUCACUCCUCAUUCCACAUCAGCAGACCAGCUGGUCAGUGAUCAGGGAGAGGAUAUGACUCGAUGCUGAAGAAUAUUUUGAUGGCUGAGAUUAUGCCUAUAGUGGAGGAAUUUGACCAGCAGCUAAAUUACGAUACAGAGUAUGAGUCCAGGUUACAGGCAGCAGCAAACAAUUUCAUUGCAGCGGCCUCAAGCCUGCCCAGAGCAUCUGGAUGUUUGCCCCCAUGUGGUUUCCAGGUGCAGGGUGCUGUUUAUAACUGCGUGACCUGUCAGUAUGACUCCUGUGAGUUCCCGCUGGACUGUCCCGGGAAGGAAAUCACUGUACAGGAGAACAACAGGACUCAGAUGUGGUGUAGUGUCCCUUUCCUGCUGCCUGCAGAUGUAGAGAUAGUCUGGAGAUACGCACAGGACAGAACGAUGCUGAGGGAGCGGUUUGACGAUGUGACGGUUGGAGCAGAUCCUCUAUACUCCAUCCCCUCUGCCCGUCCUGAGCAAUCCGGAACCUACCAGUGUGAAGUGCUUUCUCAGGAGCAAUCACUCGUCCGGCUUUACUUCUACCUCACAGUGAUUCCUGUGGCACAGACUGGUCAUGUACACCUGCAGGAUGUCUUUGCUCAGGCUCUACUUCCAGAAGGCCAGUUUCCUCGUCUGUCCAGCACAGAUUCAUUCAGCUACUGGUUGCCCAGGCCUGCCUUCCUCACCACUUGCCUGACCGCAAUCAUGCUGCUGAUUUUCCUCAGUCUGGGAGUGCUGUAUUGGUUAUCGUAUCAAAUUAGGACCAGCGUUUUUGAUCCAGCCCAAGAAACAAUACUGACAGAAGAGAAGAAAUACUUGAUUCACUGCUAAACACAAGAAAAACAUAAGAGCGUUUCAACACUAAAGGUAAUUCCUAAUUAAAACUUUUUAGAAUGAAUCCCUUCAAAUUUUACUAAAAAGAAAUGAGCUUUUGAAGACCUCUGGGAGAAAAUGUUAGAGGCAGUGAAUCUGAGCGUAUGAAUGUGACUUCACCACUACGUUCAGUUAUAAAGGCUUCUUUAUGCUACUAAAUAUAGCCAGACGUGACUCAGGGUGUAACUCCUUUUACAGUUUUUACUCAGUGUUUUGAUGCUGUUGUCCCAACAACCCAUUAAGUUCAAUCUGGGCGAGGGAAAUGCUUCAUUGUACAGAACUGCAAUUUUCCAUAAUGUUUGUUAGGACAAUGUGUAUUUUAGAGCUGCAAACUUUAUUACAAUGUCUGGAUUUUAUUACAGUGCUUAAGAUUUAAUGGCCUUUUCAAAAAUUUGUAAUAAAUCUAAACAAGCUGAUUUUUUAAAAU